CAAAGCCUGUGAUUGGUUAUCUGGGAGAGACCGUCACCAUCAGCUUUUCUUAUCCAGAGGAGUUUCAGACUGAAUACAAACAUCUCUACAAACUGGAUGGUCGAAUUUAUACUGCACUGAUGGACACCAAUCUGUCUCAGAAGGACAGAUUCUCCAUCUCUGAUAACAGAAGAUCUAGAGUUGUCAGUGUGAGAAUCAGUGAUGUGAGAGAAGAAGAUGGAGGAGUUUAUUACUGUGCUGUUGCGGGUGGAGGAGAUGAACUUGGUUAUUAUUCCCUUUUCUCAGAGAUUCAUCUGCAGGUUUCUGCAAGACCAAGACCAAGUGAGAGACCUACAACCAUUCAAACCGGAAAAUCACCAUCUAUAACCUACAAUAGCAAAUCAUCACCACCAGGGAAAACCUCACCUGAUGCUAAUGGCUCAUCCUCCAGAACCCCAUCAGCAAUAUCCACAGCACCACCAGCACCAACAGUGACCCCAUCUGGUAACUUCAUCAUUGUCAUCAUCAUCACUGUGAGCAUCUGUUUGGUUCUGCUGCUGAUUGGAGGAUUAACACUGAUCUGCAAACGGAGAUGCUCCAAGACACAAGGCUCUUACUCAUCAAACUUGGCCAAUAUGGGAGGCAAUGAUCAAGUUUCUCACUCUGCAUCUGACUAUGAAGAAAUUAGAGACAUCAGGCCACAUCUAGACACCCAAACUACUCCACUUUACUCCACAAUCCAACAACCCACCAAUCCCCUGACCACCGUGUACGUCCUCGCACAGCGACCAUCAACCAGUCCUGCUCAAGGAAUCUACAACAUGGUACAGCUUCCUCAACCCUCACCUGAAGCCCAGGGGUACUCUACUGUGAGUUUCCUGAAAAAUCCAGAUUCUGACACUGAUGCCAGUGUUACAUUCUAGUAGCAGCAAAAACCAAGUUGCAAGGCUUUUACAUAACAUCAGCUAACAUGUAUACAUAGUCUAUAUGAGAGCAGUAUGGCUUUUAAAAAUAUGUUAUUUUUACUUUUCUUUUCUUUUGCAAUUUAAAAGGAGAUUAUAACAAAUAU